AUGUAUGAACCAAAGAACAUUCUGAUAACUGGAGCUGCUGGCUUCAUAGCUUCACAUGUAACCACUAGGCUAAUUAAUAGGUAUCCUAGCUACAAGAUUGUAGCUCUUGAUAAGCUAGAUUAUUGCUCAAGUUUCAAGAAUCUACAAUCAUGCACAUCAUCACCAAAGUUCAAAUUCAUCAAGGGUGAUAUAUGUACAGCUGAUAUUGUGAAUCAUCUAUUAAUAGAAGAGGAAAUAGACACAAUAAUGCAUUUUGCUGCACAAACUCAUGUUGAUAAUUCAUUCGGAAACUCGAUGGAAUUUACCUACAAUAACAUAUAUGGAACACAUGUUCUUCUUGAAGCAUGUAGGGCUACAAAUUGUGUUAAAAGGUUCAUUCAUGUUAGUACUGAUGAAGUUUAUGGUGAAACUGAUUUAGAUACCGAAAUCGGAAACCAUGAAACAUCUCAGCUUUUACCAACAAAUCCUUAUUCUGCUACAAAAGCAGGUGCUGAAAUGUUGGUUAUGGCUUAUCAUAGAUCUUAUGGUCUUCCAAUUAUAACCUCUAGAGGAAAUAAUGUUUAUGGUCCUAACCAAUAUCCUGAAAAGCUUGUUCCUAAAUUCAUCUUACUUGCAAUGAAAGGCGAAAAGUUGCCGAUUCAUGGCGAUGGAUCCAAUGUGAGAAGCUAUCUUCAUUGUGGUGAUGUUGCAGAAGCUUUUGAUGUUAUACUUCAUAAAGGAGUAAUAGGUCAAGUUUAUAAUAUUGGUACUCAAAAAGAAAGAAGUGUGUUAGAUGUAGCUAAUGAAAUUUGCAAACUUUUUAAAUUGGAUCCUAAAGGAGUGAUUCAGUUUGUUCAAGAUAGGCCUUUCAAUGAUAAGAGAUAUUUUUUGGAUGAUCAAAAGCUUAAGAAGCUUGGUUGGGAGGAGAAAACAGCUUGGACAGAAGGACUUAAGAUGACAAUUGAUUGGUACAAAAAUAAUCCGGACUGGUGGGGAGAUGUAUCGACCGCUUUGAACCCUCAUCCGCGUUUUUCGGCGAUCAAUCUCUCCGAUGAAGCUCAAUGGUCUUUCCAAUAUGGAUACUCGAGGCUUUUGAGGUCGUUUACCGAUGUCGGCCGGAGGGAUUCGGGAUUGAAGUUUUUGAUAUAUGGUAGGACAGGUUGGAUUGGUGGGUUGUUAGGGAAACUUUGUGAUGAGGAGAGAAUUUCUUGGGAGUAUGGGAGAGGAAGAUUACAAGAUAGGAGAUCAAUUUUGGAGGAUAUAAAGAGGGUUAUGCCGACACAUGUUUUGAAUGCAGCUGGUGUUACUGGAAGGCCUAAUGUUGAUUGGUGUGAAUCACAUAAAGUUGAAACAAUAAGGACUAAUGUAGUAGGAACACUAACUUUGGCUGAUGUUUGCAAAGAAAGUGAUAUAUAUGUAAUGAAUUUUGCAACUGGUUGCAUUUUUGAGUAUGAUAAAGAACAUCCUCUAGGAUCAGGCAUUGGAUUCAAGGAAGAGGAUAAGCCAAAUUUCAUUGGUUCCUUUUAUUCAAAGACAAAGGCCAUGGUGGAGGAGCUCCUAAAAGAAUAUGAUAAUGUUUGCAUAUUGAGAGUUAGAAUGCCAAUAUCAUCAGAUUUAAGCAAUCCAAGAAACUUCAUAACAAAGAUCAGUCGUUACAACAAAGUGGUAAACAUACCUAAUAGCAUGACAGUGCUAGAUGAACUCUUACCAAUAUCAAUUGAGAUGGCUAAGAGAAACUUAAAAGGUAUAUGGAAUUUCACAAAUCCAGGAGUUAUAAGUCACAAUGAGAUAUUAGAAUUGUAUAGGGAUUACAUAGAUCCUUCAUUUAAAUGGCAGAAUUUUGAUUUGGAGGAACAAGCUAAGGUAAUUGUUGCACAAAGGAGCAACAAUGAAAUGGAUGGUUCUAAGCUCAAAAAAGAGUUUCCUGAAUUAUUGUCUAUCAAAGAUUCUGUCAUCAAGUUUGUGUUUGAGCCUAACAAGAAAACUUGA